CAUCUCUUUGCCACAGCGUUAUUUAUUUAUUUAUUUAUUUUCUUCAAUUUAUAGUCCGCCCUCCCCACACAAGUGGGCUCAGGGCGGAUCACAACUCACAGCUUCUUUUCUUCUGUUAUAUAAUAUAUAAUUGUAUGUGCGUAUACGCUCACAUGGACAGACCCGCAUAUAAGGUGCGAGUGUACGCGGACUCCCACGUUUCUUAUCUUCUUGCGCCCCAUCUCCGCUUGGCGCAGUGACUCCCGAGCCGUUCGCCCGGCGCAGGCGCAGAGAUGUGCUGCGCGGCUAAGGUUGUUUCUCGCCUCACCUCUCCUUCUCCUGGCGGCGGCGCGUGCGUGCGUGCGUGAUGCGCGCCAGGAAGGUGGCGGCGGAGCGGCCCCUCGGGAGAGGCGCAUGCGUACGACGGCGGCCCGCGGCUGCCAUUUCUUCCCCUCCGCGCCGCCCGGGCGUUUGCGCAUGCCCCGCGUCGCCGUUGCCCCUCGGUCGCCUCUCCGCCGCUGCCUGUCCUCCCGGCGGCCGGCGGCGCAUGCGCGGUGCCAGUAGCGAGGGGGCGGUCCCGCUGGGCGGCAGCCACCGGAUUCCUGUCAGGAGCGGCGGCGGCUGAAGAGGCGCCCACCCUCGGCCCGCCCGCCCGCCCGCGCCUUCCCCGCCGAGCUGCGAUGCCCUCGGACUUCAUCUCGCUCCUCAGCGCCGACCUCGACCUCGAGUCGCCCAAGUCCCUCUACUCCAAGGAAUCUGUCUAUGAUCUUCUCCCAAAGGAGUUGCAGUUACCACCCCCCAGAGAGCUCUCGGUAGCAUCCAUGAGUCAAACAAGUGGUGGUGAGGCAGGUUCGCCUCCUCCAGGAGUAGUUGCUGCUGAUGCUUCUUCAGCUCCCUCCUCCUCCGUGGGCGGUGCUUGCAGCUCCUUUGCCACCUCUUCCAGCCCCGCCAUUUACUCUACCUCAGUCACUGACAGCAAAGCUAUGCAAGUGGAGAGCUGCUCCUCAGCCAUGGGGGUAAGUAACCGAGGGGUAAGUGACAAGCAGUUAACCAGUAACACGGCCCAGCAGCAGCAGUCCACACCGAAGAGACACACGGUCUUGUACAUCUCGCCGCCACCAGAAGAUUUGCUGGACAACAGCCGGAUGUCCUGCCAGGAUGAGGGGUGCGGAUUGGAGUCUGAGCAGAGCUGCAGUAUGUGGAUGGAGGAUUCCCCCUCUAACUUCAGUAACAUGAGCACCAGUUCCUACAAUGAUAACACUGAGGUGCCACGUAAAUCGCGAAAACGAAAUCCAAAGCAGAGGCCCGGGAUCAAACGACGAGACUGCGAGGAGUCGACCAUGGACAUCUUUGAUGCGGACAGCGCCAAAGCGCCUCACUAUGUCCUUUCUCAGCUCAGCACGGACAGCAAGAGCAACUCGAAAGCAGGAAAUGGAACAUCAGAAACUGCAAAAGCAACUGGAGGGAAGAAAAGCCCUACGUUAUGCGGCCAGUACCCUAGUAAAAGUGAGGGCAAGGAGCUGAAGAUACUGGUGCAGCCAGAGACCCAGCACAGAGCUCGCUACCUGACUGAGGGCAGCCGAGGCUCCGUAAAAGACCGAACACAGCAAGGGUUCCCCACUAUAAAGCUGGAAGGGCACAACGAGGCUGUGACCUUACAGGUGUUUGUGGGGAAUGACUCUGGCCGGGUGAAGCCUCACGGAUUCUAUCAGGCCUGCAGGGUCACAGGUCGAAACACCACCGCUUGCAAGGAAGUGGACAUCGAAGGCACCACAGUCAUUGAGGUGGGCCUGGAUCCAAACAACGGCAUGACCCUGGCGGUUGACUGUGUAGGAAUUCUGAAACUGAGGAAUGCAGAUGUUGAAGCGCGAAUAGGCAUUGCUGGCUCCAAGAAGAAAAGCACUCGUGCAAGGCUGGUGUUCCGCGUGAACGUCCCUCGGAAGGACGGCUCCACUCUGACCCUGCAGACGCCGUCCUCCCCAAUUCUGUGCACUCAACCAGCAGGUGUGCCGGAGAUCCUAAAGAAAAGCCUGCACAGUUGUUCUGUGAAAGGGGAAGAGGAAGUCUUCCUGAUUGGCAAGAACUUUCUGAAGGGAACGAAAGUGAUCUUCCAGGAGAACGUGUCCGACGAAAACUCUUGGAAAGCGGAAGCAGAAAUUGACAUGGAGCUAUUCCAUCAGAAUCAUGUAAUUGUGAAGGUGCCGCCAUAUCACAACCAGCACAUAACUGCACCUGUUUCCGUGGGGAUCUAUGUAGUGACCAAUGCUGGAAGAUCACACGACAUACAACCAUUUACGUACACUCCAGAAACAGCAGCUGGUACUCUGAAUGUUAACGUGAAGCAGGAAAUAGCCAGCCCAGCCCAGCCCUGCUCUUUUGAUGAAGCUAUCAAAGUGAACACCAGUGGCUGUAAUCUGGACCAGAUAAGCAUCCUUCCCAGUGCCUUGAUAACUCCACUCAGGCCAAGCAACAUGAUUAAGAGUGAAGAGGCUGCUCCGAUGGAACUUGCAGCUGAGAAACAGCCUCCUCCAGUCUUUAAGGCAGGCAGCGUCGCUGGCCCUUCUUCAGCAGCACUGGAGACCAACCUGCCCACCAUGCUGGGAAAUGGUUCUUUCUCCUCUUCCACUUCUCAUUUAACUCUGGAGAGUGAACAGCAGCAGCAGCAGCAGCAGCAGCAGCUGCAGCCCAAGGUGUAUACGCCGGAGGGGAUGCCCAGCCUCCAAGCACAGGACAUCGCCCAACCUGGCAGCUUCCCAGCAGCCUCUGCUCCCAGCCAGCUGCAGAACAGUGAUGCCUUGUUGCAGCAGGCAACUCAGUUCUCUUCGAGAGAGGCCCAGCCGGACCCCGCGGUCAUGACUCUGUCUCAGUUGACGGAGGCUUCACAACAGCAGUCUCCCCUGCAGGAGUCAGCACAGACGCUACAGCAGCAGAUCUCCUCAAACAUGUUCUCCUCGGCGAAUGGAGUGAGUCAGCUGCAAAGCACCAUCCAGCAGUUGCAGGCGGGGAACUUCCAGCCCAGCACUGCCGGCAGCGGCGGCAGCGGUGGCGGCAACGGAAACGUAGACUUGGUCCAGCAAGUCCUGGAGGCGCAGCAGCAGCUGUCCUCAGUGCUGUUCUCUGGCUCCGACAGUGAGGACGUUCAAGAGCAGCUCAGUGUAGAGAUCUUCCAGCAGGUCAGCCAAAUCCAGAGUGGGGUCAGCCCGGGGAUGUUUUCCUCCCCAGAGACAGCCCAUUCGAGGGCGGAGGACCUUCUCUCUGGGAGAACCGAGAACGUCCACCAGCAGCCUGAGAGCUCUUUGUCCAGCCAGCAGCAGGCGAUGGAGACCUCUGCGGCGAUGGUGCUCGAAAUGCAGCAGGGCAUCUGCCAGGCCGCCAGUCAGAUGCAGCCGGACUUGUUCUCCUCCCCCUCCUCUUCGGGAAAUGGAAACGUCCAGCAGCCCCCCGUGUACCAACAGGCUUCCCACAUGCUGGGCGGGCUGCCUGCCUCCGAAGACAUGCAGAUGCAGUGCGAGUUGUUCUCCCCCGCCGAUGUGCCUGGCAGUGAAGCGGCCCCUCCGCCCCAGCAGCAGGUCUCUGCCAGCGGCUCCGCCUUGUUCCAGUCCUCUGGCUCUGCUGAGAAUGAAGAGGCUUCAGGCCAGGCCAAGCAGAUGCAGAGCACCGUCUUUCAGGCCAUGGUCCAGAUGCAGCACAGCGGAGAGAGUUCGCCUCAAGUCAGCCUGUUCUCUUCCUCUGAGAACAUGAUGGCGGUCCAGGGCAACGGGACGCAGCAGCAGGGGGCCGCUCUGUUCCAGCAGAGUGGGGAGAUGAUGUCUCUCCAGUCCGGAAGCUUUUUGCAGCAGGCCCCGCACUCCCAGGCACAGCUUUUCCACUCCCAGAGUCCGAUUGGAGAUGCCCAGAACAUCUCCCAGGAAACCCAGAGCGCUCUCUUUCACGGCCAGAAUGCUUCCUCUUCCUCGGAUCAGUUGCAGCCGCCGAUGUUCCACUCUCAGAGCAACCUGGGAGUCCUGCAGAGCAGUUCCGUUGUGCAGGACCAGCAGUCGAGCGGCAUGUUCCUUUCCCCGAGUUCAGUGAGUGGCUCCGUCAGGCAGGAGGAGCAGAUGCCCUUUUUUACUACCCAGAGUUCCAUUGCUUCACUGCAGACGCCUGCGAGUGCCGAGCAGCAGCCCUCUUUCCAGCAGCAGGCGCAGCUCCCCCACCUCCAGAGCCCUCUUCUUUCCCAGGAGCAGCCCCAGAAUCCGCAGCAGGGCAUGUUCCAGUCGCCAGUGUCCCUGGGCUCCCUCCCCUCCUCUGGGGUGCCUCCAAGCCAGCAAGGGGGCAUGUUCCAGUCCCCACACUCGAUUGUGGCUCUCCAAAACAGCGCCCCAUCUCAAGAGCAGCGGCAGCAGCAAAAUAUGAGGUACAGCGGCCAGAAUUCCAUGGGCCCAGUGGCCUCUCCAGAGUCAAACAUGAUGUUCAACCCCAGCCCAAACCCCAUGGCCAGCCAGGAGCAGCAGCAGCAGAGCCAGUCUCUCUUCCACCCCUCAACAAGCAUGGCACCCAUGAACCAGGACCAGCAGUUCCAGAGCCAGAGCCCAGGGUCCGCCCAGGCGGAGCCGCAGCAGCCUGCCUUGUUCCACAGCUCCCCCCAAAUGCAGCUCGUCCAAGGCUCGCCCGGCUCUCAGGAGCAGCCAGUCACGCUCUUCAUUUCUUCCGCUUCCAUGUCUGCCUUGCAGAACAGCAUCAGCCAGCAGGAGCUGCAACAGCCCUCCCUCUACUCUUCCCAAAGCAACAUGGCCAGCAUGCAGAGCACUUCGUCGCCCCCGCAGCAGCAGCAGCAGCAGGCUGCUUUAUUUCACAGCGCCCACAGCAGUGCCCUCAACCAGCUGCAGAGCUCCUCAGCUUCAUCUCAGCAGACCUCUGGGAUAUUCCUGUUUGGCAUCCAAGACAACUGUGGCCAGCUCUUAACAUCUGGACCAGCUACCCUGUCCGAUCAGAUGCUCACGAUCAGUCAGCCACAGGGCGAGGCUCAGCCGUCGGUCACAACGCUCCUGUCUCAGCAAAUGUCCGAGAGCUCCCAGCUGCCUUCUGCGAUGACUACCAACCAGAGCAUGAAGAAGAUUGAUGACCUGCUGGUGUCUCUUCAGAACCAGGGGAACAAUAACAUGGCUGGGUCCUUCUGAUUGGCCAGAAGUCUCGUGAUGGACAAGCCGACUGGGAAGACUUGGACUUCAGCUCUCGUGACUUGGGAAUGUUGGAUGUUUGGAGCUAAAUUCCCCCUCUCAAAGGAUCACCUGGACCCAUGGCCAGAUGUAGCCUUCACCUUUCUUUUGGAAGGGCACCCAUGCUGGGGCACGCCAAUGGCUGCCGGGCCAAAGCGUUGGAGAGAGGCUGAAGAGUGCUGCUAUGCCACACCCAGGCCUGGGCCAGACAGCCAGCCCGCCUUGAGCCCCGGGUGGCUGUUCAGUAGCCAUUGCUGCUGGGCAAGGGAAGCACUCUCCAGUUUGCCUUUCCCUUCCCUUGGAGCUCGUGGGGACGGCCUCUGCAGGUCUCUUCCCAGGCACGCCCAUCUCUUGAUAGCUCCGCUCUUGACGAUUUGCAUCUCCAGAUAUAAAUGGUUUUUGUUGGACAUAGCAAAGCAGGGGGAGAGUUCAAGCUGCUCUGCCCCUGCUGGAUGUUGCAGCCAAUGCGGGGGCAGGGGGUGUUGGCAGAGAGCCUCCCCAAUUGUGUGGGUUUAGGCAUGAAUUGGUUGGGCUGAGUUGAGGUGCUCAGAAGGUGGCUCUUGAAGCCUCUUGUGCUCUGUAAACCUUCUCGGGUGGGUGGAGGGGGACAAUUUGCUGGAGUCAUCUUGACUUGACAGCCUACAUUAGGAUAUUAGCAGAGUGUCCUUCCUCUGAAUUACUUUUCUAUACCUUUCCUGUUGAAUAUGCUGCCACUUGUAGAAACCUAGCAUUUGAGGAGGUCAACUGACCCGCUGCGGUAGGGUGGAAGGCCAGAGUUGCCACCCAAUCUGGUCUGUGGCGGGAUGGCGGGAGCAGUUCUAGGCAGGCUGGUUUCUGCUUCCCAGUCCCUUUCCCACUUGGUGCUGGCACAGAGUCUUAAGUUGAAACCCAAACAGGAGGCCUGGAGUCUUGGAGCAGUACCUCCAGGCUCAUUGGAGACAGGAAAUGCCGGGCACACCUUAUUAGUGGAAUGAGUGUCCUAAAAGGUGGCUGGCUCCUCUUGGGCAGUGGGCAGCCCCAGGUUCCAGUGCCCUCACUACAGCCUCCGGCUUGGGUUUAGGCUUUUUCUCCACCCCCCACCCCCCACUGCUGUUUGAGUCAUCUGUCACCCAACAGCUUUUCACGAGUGACUGUUGUCACUGGCCAGGAGGGGAAGGUUGGGUUUUUUUAGUACCCUUUAGUUUUCUUUUUUGUUGUUUGUGUAUAGAGAAGAGUUUAGCCUAUAAAUGGUCUUAUAGGCUGCCCCUGGUGUGUGUUUCCUGACUUGUGUACUGCCUUGAGCUGUGUAGAAUUGUGCUUGUUUUUCUUUCGGUUUCACUGUUGUCUGUCUCUGGCAUUUGCCGUUGUUCGGUCAGUCUGUCUGUCUGUCUCUCCUUGAGAGGCCUCCAGUUGUGUUUUCAGUAGUACAGGCUGUUUUGCCAAUAUGAAGGGAACUUUUCAGAAAGAGACCUGCUCUGGGUCAUUUAAUUUUGAAUACAGUUUUCAAUCGUUCAAGUUUUGGAUGGUUUAUAUCUAAUGUGUGUUUCAUUUUUUUGGAAAGCUCUAUUUUGUAUUUAGGAAAUGGUAAACUAUUUUGCUAUUUGUACUGAGUGAGUACAUUGGCAUAAAUAUAAAAUAUAUAUAUAUAUAUAUAUAUAUACACAUUCACACACAUAUAUUCUUUUUGCCACAGAUUUUUGUGGUGAAUGUGUGAGUUUUAUCGUCUGUUCUCCCACAACAUGGCGUCUAGUACUCGAAAGAGGGAGGGAGGGAGGGAGGACGGGCAGGGCAAGAGGGUUUGUUAAGUCUUUACAUUGUAUUUAAGUUCUUUUUGCAGCAUACAUAAUUUGUUCAUUUCUGGCCAUUCCGUCAGGCAACUGGACUUGAUUGGCUGUGGGGGCAACUGUUCUGCCGGUGUGACAGAGGGCAGAACCCCUCGGGGCAACUUCCCAAAUGGCGGGGGUCCAUUCAGCUUUUACUCGCUGUUAACGUCUGACAUCAUUGCUAGCUGCUUAAGUUACAGUAACACUAAAGAGUCACCGUUUGGCCGUUCCAUAAGGGUGAGAGCGUACACCUUCUCUUGCAGUUUUUCCCCCUACUGCAGUGAUGCAGAAGCUUCCCAGCUGGUGAAGGGCAGGAGCAGCAGCCGAGGGCUUCUAGUGGGCACAGCCACGCGCACCCUGCGGCUGGGGCCAGAGGAGGAAGGUGCUCGGUGCCAGACCUUGGUGGGGGGCUGGAGCUGGGGCAGGGGGGCACCUGAGGCACUUGGCCUGGGCGCUGCUACACGGCAUUCCCUUUACUAAGGGGCUGUCCUGGUGCUGAAGCGGCAUGGGGCAGUGCCAAGUCACCGGGGACCAAUUCUCCCUCGGCCCAAGUUUCCUGUCUAGGCCUGCCUCAGGGCUUCUCCCCAGAAGGCCCCAGUUCCUGACACUCUGUGUUCAGCAGGGUCUCUUGCGGCUCAGUGUGAUACAGUGACAGUCUUCUGUUUUUUCUUUUGGUUUAACUCUAAUUGUCCUUGGUCCAUUUUAGGUCAAUAUUUAAAUGUGCAACAUUUUGAACAUAAUUUGGUUACAGCAGUAUGUCUUUGGAAUGAAGGGCCUGCUCAGUGGCUGGUCUGGUCUGGUGCUACACCUUCCCUCCAGUUUGGAGGCGGGGGGGGGCAGAGGCUGCUGUUUCCUGGAAGGAGAGCCUCCUUGUCCCCCGCCCUGGUGGAUGGGCCAUCGCGGAGCGCAGCAUGUGUCUGUUCCUCCUGCCCAAACACCCUCCUCCCUUCAGUAUGGGUGGACGGGGCAGAGCAGCAGACGUGGCUUGGAUUUGCUCCCGGGUCCUUGUACAGCAGAGGUGGAAAGGAAGGCCUUGAUCAGGUUCUGGAUCGGUUCAGAAUGCAGCCGGCUAAAUUCCCCCUCCAUCCAGUGUUCUGUGUGAAGCAUAGUAGAGUGGUUAAAAGCCCUUCAGGUAGCAGUUGAGUGAAAUCGGGAGAAGGGCCGUUGCUUGGAGCGCCUGCUUUGCACACAGGAAGUGCCAGGGCCAGUCCGUGCUCCUCCCGGUCCGUAGGAUCUCGGCUAGCUGGGCCAGGGCAGGCCUUUUCCUUGUCUCUCUUCGGAGCCUUUGGAGAGCCACGGCAGGGCAGGGCAGGGCAGACCACAGCUAGCUGAACCAGUGGUCUGACGUGGCUACAGAAGGCAGUUUUGUGUGGUCCGUCUGUGAAGUACAGGACCCUGGUCCAGAGAGGGCCCCCCCCCCCCGCUUUCUCCAGUGAAGUGGCUCAGUGCCCACCGGCCAUCCAUGGUGGCUGCCCGUGAUUGGACCAAGGGCAUGUCACCACUGCGUCUUCCCUUUUCCUCUCCCUGCCAGUGAGCAGUGAGAUCUUCCCCCUCCCUUGCAAGCACUCCUUCCGCUGCGCAGCACUCACCCCCCCCUCCCAGUCAGGGAGCAGGAGCAGUUCUUUUUCAAGCCCCCUCGCAAGAGCUGCUUGGAUUGCUGAGCCCUUGGACAGCCGAGCCCUUGGCUGGGGUCAGCCUCCGUCCACCCAUCACCAUACAUGGGGAUCUGACCUGGCGCCUUGCGGUCAUCAAGAAGCCCUGGCCAGCGGAGGAAGCAGGACUCGGUGCCUCCGCAGCAAUUUUGUUGCCCCCUCGUGGCCAGGCUUUCCUGUAGAGCUGCACCGGCUGUGAGAAAUGUGGACGCUUAUCCCAGCUGCGCUCUGAGCACUCUGCCUCCGCUGAUGUCCCCGGUUCUCUCCUUGGAGCAUUUUCUCUGCCUUCCUGCCAUUUGCUUAGAGCAGCACCUGGACCAGCCACUGAUCAGUCCCACCCGAUCCCCUGCAAUGUGAAUGUCGCCUCUGGUGGGCCCUUGUGCGUUUGUGUGGACCUGGCUUGUGUCGGUUGGUUUCUCUGAGCACUGAUACCAGUUUUCAGUUUCUUCUAGGAGGGGUGGGUGGGUGGGAGGGAACUCAUUUGCAUUUGUUUUUAGCUAUCCUGUGAUAACUUGUUGAAUAUUACAAAAAAUAUUUUGCUUCUAUUGGGACAUUUGUAUACUUGCGACUAUAUUUCUGUACACAGCUGCAGUCAAGAA